GCUCGGUCCCGCACGAUGCUCCUCGCCCGCUCCCUGCGCGCCGCCGCCGCCGCCGCGCUGCGCCCGCCGCUCCCCGCGCCGCGCCGCCCGCUCAGCUCCGCGGUCCCCCGCGCCCUGCUGCCGCCGCCCGCCGCCGCGCCGGCCCUGGCGCGCUCGCUGUGGCAGCUGGGCGGCGGCGCGGGGCGGACGGCGCUGCUGCGGCCGCGGCGGGGCUCGGCAGGCCGCGUGUCCUGCGGCUGCGGCGGGCUGCACACCGAGGGAGACAAAGCCUUUGCACAGUUCCUGACGGACGAGAUCAAGGAGGAGAAGAAGAUCCAGAAGCACAAGUCCCUGCCCAAGGUCUCCGGGGGGUGGGAGCUCGAUGUCCACGGCACGGAGGCCAAGCUGGUGCGGAAGAUCGCGGGAGAAAAGAUAACGGUUACAUUCAACAUCAAUAACAGCAUCCCACCCUCGGCUGAAGAAGACACACAGGAACAGCAGAAACCUGAUGAGCAGGAGCCUGAACUUACAUCAACUCCAAACUUCGUAGUGGAAGUAAUAAAAGAUGAUACAAAACAGACCCUUGUGCUUGACUGCCAUUUCCCUGAAGAUGAGAUUGGACAUGAAGGAGAGGAAGAAAGUGAUAUUUUCACAAUUCGGGAGGUCAGCUUCCAGCCCACUGGAGAAGCCGACUGGAAGGACACCAACUACACCCUCAACACGGAUUCCCUGGACUGGGCUCUCUACGAUCACCUGAUGGAUUUCCUGGCUGACAGAGGAGUGGACAACGCCUUUGCUGAUGAGUUAAUAGAGCUCAGCACUGCCCUGGAGCACCAGGAGUACAUCAAAUUCCUUGAAGACCUUAAAAGCUUUGUCAAAUGUCAGUAGGUCAGGCUAGGAAACUCAGCCUCAAGCGUGGGUAUUCCACAGUGCUGCUUCAUCCAGCAAUACCCAAAUAUAUCUUCACAGUGGAUACAGAGAGUAAGUAACGUGGAAGGUGGAGAAGGAGGAUUCUCACUUGGAUGUGGGGAGUUGUAGUGAUGGUGCAGCCCCAAUCAAGUUCUCCAGUGCUACAGGCCAGAAUUGCCUCGCCCUGCAUGGGGCUUUUUGUACAAUUAAGAGUGAAUGUGAAGAAUAAAAACUGUUCAACAUA